AGCCCAGGAACAGCGACCGCAGCAAGAUCUGCACCCGGAGCCUCAGGAACAGCCCCAGAGGCCAAAACUGCACCCUGCGAAGGAGCAGAAACAGGACCAGGAACAGCAAAAUCCUCCCUGCAAUCAUCUUUCCAUUAGUCAAUGCUGAUUUCUUCUCCUGCAACCAGGAAUUCACCUCCCGCCCCAGAUAACCUAAUAUAAUCUAUAUAUAUAAAUAUAUAAUAUAUAAUGUUCUUAAAUUAUUCCUGAUUUUUUUAACCAAGCUGCCAAGAAAAGAACGUAUUCUCCCCUUAGCCUAUUCUAAUUUUUAUGUGAGUGAAUCUAAACUGCUGAGGAAGACCAUAUGUGAUUGUUAAAUUAUAUAUAAAUAUAUUUUUACUCCGCGCAAUGCUUAUUCUUCUACAUCCAUAGAUGCUUGAGAAGCUGUGUUUUUGUCAUUCAUGUACAUUUUCCUUUGGAAAAAGAAAGCGCCUAUUUUACUAACCAAAGACUUGAUUUUUACCCUCUUCAUUUUUAUUUCCUCCUAGAAAUAAGCCCAAUUGGAUUCAUGUCAGUGUUUUAAGAUUUUUUGUGUUUUUUUUUUCCUUUCAGAGACCAUAAUUCCAAAUCAGAACUAUUUAGGGUGAUAACUUGUGAUCUUUAAGCUAGCUAUAAAUAAGACAUUUCAAGUAAACCCACAACUUAAAUUUUGGGUAGAGGAAAAAAAGGUGUGAGAGAUCAGGUUGUCAUUUUUUUAUUGUGAGAUUCUGAUCCUAAAAAUAAUAAAUGGGGGAUUACGGGUUUGGAGUGCUAGUGCAAAGCAAUACUGGGAAUAAAUCUGCUUUUCCAGUCAGAUUCCAUCCACAUCUGCAGCCUCCACACCAUCACCAAAAUGCCACCCCCAGCCCUGCUGCUUUUAUAAAUAAUAACACAGCUGCCAAUGGCAGCAGUGCUGGGUCAGCUUGGCUCUUUCCUGCUCCAGCUACCCAUAACAUUCAGGAUGAGAUCCUGGGGUCAGAAAAAGCAAAAAGUCAGCAACAAGAACAGCAAGACCCUUUAGAAAAGCAGCAGCUUUCCCCGAGUCCAGGCCAGGAAGCUGGAAUACUGCCUGAAACCGAGAAGGCCAAAUCUGAAGAAAAUCAAGGGGACAAUUCUUCCGAAAACGGCAAUGGGAAGGAGAAAAUAAGAAUUGAGUCACCAGUGUUGACAGGGUUUGAUUAUCAAGAAGCCACGGGGCUAGGUACUUCCACCCAACCCUUGACAUCCAGUGCAUCUUCUCUUACUGGUUUCAGUAACUGGUCCGCGGCCAUAGCGCCUUCUUCCUCUACAAUAAUCAACGAAGAUGCAAGUUUCUUUCACCAGGGAGGGGUCCCUGCCGCUUCGGCUAAUAACGGUGCUCUGUUGUUUCAAAAUUUUCCCCACCAUGUCAGCCCUGGCUUCGGAGGCAGCUUCUCCCCUCAGAUUGGGCCUCUCUCGCAGCACCACCCUCAUCACCCUCAUUUCCAGCAUCAUCACAGCCAGCAUCAGCAGCAAAGGAGGUCUCCUGCCAGUCCCCAUCCCCCACCCUUCACACAUAGAAACGCUGCUUUUAACCAGCUGCCUCAUUUGGCGAAUAAUCUUAACAAACCCCCCUCUCCGUGGAGCAGCUACCAGAGUCCCUCUCCAACACCCUCUUCUUCCUGGAGCCCAGGAGGUGGUGGUUAUGGUGGCUGGGGAGGUUCCCAGGGCCGAGAUCACCGAAGAGGGCUGAAUGGUGGAAUAACACCCCUGAACUCCAUCUCGCCUUUGAAGAAAAAUUUUGCAAGCAAUCAUAUUCAGCUCCAGAAGUAUGCUCGUCCCAGCUCAGCCUUUGCUCCUAAAUCCUGGAUGGAAGAUAGCUUGAACAGGGCUGACAACAUUUUUCCUUUUCCGGAUCGUCCACGGACAUUUGACAUGCACUCACUGGAGAGUUCACUCAUUGACAUAAUGAGAGCUGAAAAUGAUUCGAUUAAAGGUCGUCUAAACUAUUCAUAUCCAGGAUCCGAUAGCUCUCUGCUUAUUAAUGCAAGGACAUAUGGGCGAAGGAGAGGUCAGUCAUCACUGUUUCCAAUGGAAGAUGGAUUCUUGGAUGAUGGUCGUGGGGAUCAACCUCUUCAUAGUGGCCUGGGUUCACCUCACUGCUUCACUCACCAGAAAUGAGAGCUCUGUUCAAGCUCUAAUUGAUGCAUGUAUUGAAGAAGAUGGAAAACUCUACCUGUGUGUAUCAAGUCCUACUAUCAAGGAUAAGCCAGUACAGAUUCGGCCUUGGAAUCUCAGUGACAGUGACUUCGUGAUGGAUGGUUCACAGCCACUUGACCCACGAAAAACUAUAUUUGUUGGUGGUGUUCCUCGACCACUACGAGCUGUGGAGCUUGCAAUGAUAAUGGAUCGGCUAUAUGGAGGUGUGUGCUAUGCUGGGAUUGAUACUGACCCUGAGCUAAAGUACCCAAAAGGAGCUGGGCGAGUCGCAUUCUCUAAUCAACAGAGUUACAUAGCUGCUAUCAGUGCCCGCUUUGUUCAGCUGCAGCAUGGAGAGAUAGAUAAACGGGUGGAAGUUAAGCCAUAUGUCUUGGAUGAUCAGCUGUGUGAUGAAUGUCAGGGGGCCCGUUGUGGGGGAAAGUUUGCUCCAUUUUUCUGUGCUAAUGUUACCUGUCUGCAGUAUUACUGUGAAUAUUGCUGGGCUGCUAUCCAUUCUCGUGCUGGCAGGGAAUUCCACAAGCCCCUGGUGAAGGAAGGUGGCGACCGCCCUCGGCAUAUUUCAUUCCGCUGGAACUAAAGGAUAACUACAGUGCUCAUUUUCAGGCCUCAGAAUAAGUGCACUCUUCUGUUAAUUCUGACCCCUUCCUCGAUCUCUUCACGCUGGCAUGUCCUUUUGUAGCAGUCUGUAACUUAACAAUAGUAUAAUGAAAAGAAUGACCUAUAAUAUAGGUGUUUUAUAGAUUCUUGUGUCACUGCAAACAAUAUGUAUGAACUCCUUUUUCGUAUUGCCAUCAUGUUGCGUGGAAGUUUUCUCCUCUUGUUUUGCUGGAGACCAAGAGGAUUCAAACUUCCUGCAACAUUUUCUUAGAGGAGAGAGAGAAAUAUUAAAAGAGAAAUGAAACAAUAGAGUAUUUUGGUUUUUUAAUUAAAUUAUUGUUAAUAAUAUAACAUAUAAGAAUACUUUUAUUAAAAUAACCAUGCAACAAUAACACUAUCGGUCUAUCCUGACACAGUUUUUCCCCCAGGGAAGUGCUUAUGCCUUUCUCUUUGUUUUCUUCCAUCUUUUUUGUCUCUCUCUUUUUUCCAUCCCCUUUUUAUUCUUUUAACAGCAAUGGAGGAAGUUAACAAUUAUUAACAGGAAAGAGCAUGUUAAAGCAAACAAAUGCAUGAGCAAGAUUGAACAGCAUUAUAAUUAAUUUUAAGGGUAUUGAGGCUGAAUAUAAUUCUAUUAUGCCUCAAAGUUACUACCACAUCAGAAGAAAAGUAGCAAAGUAGGCAGAGCUAGGUUUAUUUUCUUUUAAACAAUGUUUAAAAUUCAGAAUGUAAAAAUUGGAUAAAUUUACUACUGAGGGGAGUGCACUUAUUUAUUUAAAUUACUUUAUCUGGUCACAGCCCCAGGAAACCUACCAAAGCUAGAAUUAAUGACAACUGGUGGGAAAACUAGCAUUUCUUCUCCUGAAGAACAAAUGUAUAAAUUUUAUUUUUGAUGUUUUAUAUAUAAACUCUAUAUCCUAAUUUACUAACACUCAUCAGGUGUCAGCCUUUGCUCUCCAUUUUGACGUUAAAAGAAACCAACAACAACAGAUCUAGAGAUACCUCAAAGAUAUAAUUUUGGAUUUUGUGUUACAGUAAACUUGUAGCCAAAACUGGAAGACACAACCAAUGUACAAAUUGGCUGCUGAUUGGCUUACUUUUCGAUUUAAAGUUACUUUUGGGUAUCCUGUAAUUUAGUUGUAACAUAGAAAAUGAAAAAAAACAAUUUUUUUAAAGUUAAGUAGUUACAGAGUGUCUUGCACUGUUGAGCUAAGUAACUGUGUAAAUCUGUGCAAAGGUACGUAUGUUUAUCUUACUCUUCCUAUAAAAUAAAAUAACAUUGCAGUUUCAGAACUUAGCAUGGGACAUAGUCAGUGUUUGAAGUGCCAACUUCAUCAAGUAAUGCAUGCUUUCUUAUAAAUAAAAUUCUAGCUUGGAAAGGCGUUAUUAUGUGUUGAACAGUAUGCUUCAGGGGUAAAUUUAAAAUAGUCUCUUGAAGCCCUAGUCAUGGAAGUAAAUUUUAUUUUAAUUGACCUUCUCUUAUUAAAUGCCCUAUCGACCGUUAAAAGGAUUAUUAUCAGUGUGCAAAAUAUUGAAAAAAAAAAUCUUAUGGCAAUCUUGCUAGUUAUGCUACCUAACAGUACCAUCUUGGAUCCUUCAAAACCAAAGACUUGCCCAGCACUGCUGUGGAACCACCUGGCUGAUGACCCCUACUGAUUCUCUUUAGGAAAAGCAGUCCUUUAUUUUUAAUACAGGCUUUAAUGAACUACACCUGUUAAGUUCCAAAGGUCAAAAUGGAGGCAUUUGCUGUCUAAUAGUCAAACAGAAAGGGAGCUGCUUUUAAAGAAUUCCCUGCAAAUGGAAAGCAGUCAUGCGGAUGGAAGGUGCUCUUGCGUAGCUGGUCAGGGACUUUUUUUUUCUUUUCUCCUGAACUACAUAAUUCUAAUUGGAAUGUUCAUUUGCCUCUUUUUAUUCUUUUCACGCUUGUAGGUGGCUUGGGGUGUGCUAUUGUGCUGUUCCUACUCAGUAAACAGGUGUGAUGAGUUAACAAGAAAUAACACUGUUUGAGAACUAGCUUUGAAUAAUAAUUUGUCCCUUUGUACAUGACCUGCUGAAUUUCGGUACAGUGUUUUUGUAGCUAACUUAUUUUGUCAUGCACAUAAUGUAUAUUUGUUAUGCACUACUUUUGUAUAUCUUGUUUUUCCAACAGUGAACAUUUUUAGGCACACUUUUCACUGACGGGAUAUCUCUUUAUGCAAUACCUCAAUUUUUCAUAUUGCAAAGAGUAGCUUUUUGUACUUUUAUUACUGAGAGAUCUUCAUAUACUUCAUUUUUUAAUAUAAAUAAUUUUAAUAAAUUUUAUUUUCUUAUAUUCUGCUUUUUAUACAUUUCAGUGCUCUGCAUACAUUUUAAAUUAUGAAUGUUGUGCACUGGCAAUGCUAUUUUAGAGUCUGCAGAGAAGAGAAAGCAUGUUGCUUAAACAUCCUCCCCCAGCACCAGCUAUUGGUGUACCUAGAAUUUAAGAAAUAGUCUAUGUAAAGUCACAAAUUAAUGAAAAAAAUUCGCAUGAAAAUGACAGAUAACACUGUAGUUCCUAAAAAAGAAAAUUAAAUACAUAAGCAUAGGGUAGAAAUUUAAAAUAACGAAAUUGUCUACAGCUUCUUACUAAGUUUUUAAAAUUAUUCAUAAAUCGCAGACAUUUUUGGUGAAUGUUUAGCCAUUUUUAAUAUUAAUAAAUUGAUGUUAAGUGUUUGAUUCAGAGAUGUCUGCUCUUUUAAAUUAUAUAUAAGAAGAAAAAAAUAGCCUGCCGUGGGACAGGUGUGUAAUGUUAGAAUGCAUGACUAAUGUAAGAAAUUGUUAUUCUACUAAUACUUACUUGUGAUUGUGUGACAAGCGUGUUUACAGAUUAUUUGGUUACACUUCAAUUUACAGGGCAUAAAACAAUGAUUAUCUAUUACUCUGAACUUUAUUGAUUACAUGUCCUUCAGAUUACAUGGGAUUGUAGUUGGGAGUUACCAUGUAACUCAAACAUAAUUAACAUGUAAUUAGUUUACAGAUUUUAGGGUAUCACUUCAAUUUACCAAGCAUGUAGUUCUAGCGCACUAGCAUGGCACCAGCCAUGUACUUACAAUGUAGUUACAGAGUAAUUACAUGGUUAUUUUUGCAAUGUAAAAUAAAGUGUUUCUGAUUAUUUUCUAUGUAAAGGACCCCUCUCCCUUCCCCUCUGGCCCCCCGCUUUGGUAUAAUAUAUAUACUUCUCCAUACACAGACCUCUGCAGAAUGCAAAAUAAAACUUGCAGUGAAUGAGUUUAGCAUUUUAUGAGAGUGCUGUUGGAAAGACUUGAUAAUUCACCCCUUUUGUUUUGAAGAGUUGAAUCUUCUGUUAAAAGGUGAUUUAAAACUUGAAUGUGAUGAAUUGUGGCAAGUUAACUUCAAGUUAUGUGCAAUACUUAUUUCAAACUUUUGAAAGAUCUUUGCAGUGUAAUUUUUGUUUUUAAUUGCAGACAUUUAAAAAUGUCAUUUUCUACUGUUAAGAGUAAUCCUCUUUCUUGCUGGUGUUUCUAAAGAAAAGAAUCAGAAAUCAAUCUUUCUACUAAUGUAAAUUUGAGAUUAUUUUUAAAAAUGGAAUAAAAGAGGUUUUGGUCAUUUGCUUUAUUUUAUUAUCUUAUUUUAAAGCUACUGUGAUUGAUAGCAUUGUAAGAAUUGGGACAAUAUUGUAUUCAACUGUUUUAUUUUUUAUAUUUUUAAAAUUUAAAGUAUAAUUAGUUUUUAUAAUUUUCAUCAGAUUUUUGUUAUAUUUUUUGGAAGUGAAACUUUUAGCAAGUGGGUGUCUAGUUUUUACUAAUCCCUAAUUUUUUUUCCAGUGUAUUGCUCAUAUUAUCAGAAGGAAAAGUUAUUUAAGUAUGUCAGUUAAUUGUACUACUUGGCUGAAUUUCCAUAUAGUUUUUACUGUGUAUGGGGAGGUUGUAGUAUUUAUUAUAGCAUUUUAAAUAAGGGUAAUUCAUUUUUUAUUAAAGUCAUUUUCACGUUAAGUUCCUAUUUUUGUAUGUUCUACUCUUAAGUUAUAUAACACAGUUCCUUUUUUAAAAGAGUUCAUUUGUUGAAGUGCUAGUGGAAAAUUAAUGUUAUUAAAUAGUUUGCAAAUGACUAUUUAUACCAGUAUGCAUAUAAUUUUUAAAUAUUUGUAAUGUGAGAUGUUGAAUGAAUAAAACUUUUAACUCAGA